AUGUCAAUCAUAAUGACUCCUCCCCCUCUGAUCUUUCUCCUCAUCGUUCACGGAGUUUAUAGUGCUGAUGAUGAUUGGAGUGUGACUUACAGCUCUUCACACAUCUGUGCACUAAAGAACUCAACAGUGACUAUAAACUGCACUUAUAAAUACCCUACUGGACAUCACAUCACAGAAGUGUUCUGGACCAAGAGUAACAGUCCUGAUCCUCCAAAACUGUGUAAUGACUCUAAAUACAGAGAGAGGAUUCAGUAUCUGGGAGAUAAACAGCACGACUGCAGCGUCAGACUGACUGAUGUGAGACACACAGAUUCACACGAGUACUAUUUCAGAUUCAUCACUGAUAAACCUUAUGGGAAAUGGAUCGGUAAUCCUGGAGUGACUGUUAAUGUCACAGAUCUUCAGGUGGAGUCUGAAGGUGAGACAGUGAUGGAGGGACAUUCAGUGACUCUGACAUGUAAAAGCAGAUGUAGUCUGACUGACACAUCAACAUUCAUCUGGUUUAGAAACACACAAACAUUAAAUGACACAAACAAGAAACUCAUCCUGCCGUCAGUUAGAAGAGAGAAUGCAGGAGACUAUAGAUGUGCUGUACAGGGACACAAACUCACAUCACCUCCUCGACGUCUCAAUGUCAUCUAUCCUCCAGAUGAUCCUGUGAUCUCCAUCAGUUCUUCUGGUGUAAUAGUGGAGGGUGAUUCAGUGACUCUGACCUGCAGCAGUGAAUCAAAUCCACCUGCGAAUAUCAGCUGGUUUAAAGAAGAAACAUCUGUAGGAUCUGGAAACAUCUUCAGAAUCUCAAACAUUAGAUCUGAUCACAGUGGAGAAUUCAAGUGCAAGGCCAGAAAUAAACGUGGACACAAAUACUCAGCAGUGACUUUAAAUGUUUUACAUCCUCCAAGGAACGUCUCAGCAUCCAUCAGUUCUUCUGGUGUAAUAGUGGAGGGUGAUUCAGUGACUCUGACCUGCAGCAGUGAAUCAAAUCCACCUGUUCACAACUACAGCUGGUUUAAAGAGAAUCAAACAUCAUCUGUUGGAUCUGGACAGACGUCCAGCAUCAGUAACUUUAAUUCAAGUCUCAGUGGAUGGUUUUACUGUGUGGCUGAAAAUGAACUUGGAGAGAAAUAUUCUGAAUCUGUGACUUUAAAUGUCUUGCAUCCUCCAGAUGAUCCUGUGAUCUCCAUCAGUUCUUCUGGUGUAAUAGUGGAGGGUGAUUCAGUGACUCUGACCUGCAGCAGUGAAUCAAAUCCACCUGCGAAUAUCAGCUGGUUUAAAGAAGAAACAUCUGUAGGAUCUGGAAACAUCUUCAGAAUCUCAAACAUCAGAUCUGAUCACAGUGGAGAAUACAAGUGCAAGGCCAGAAAUAAACAUGGACACAAACACUCAGCAGUGACUUUAAAUGUUUUAUAUCCUCCAAGGAACGUCUCAGCAUCCAUCAGUUCUUCUGGUGUAAUAGUGGAGGGUGAUUCAGUGAAUCUGACCUGCAGCAGUGAAUCAAAUCCACCUGUUCACAACUACAGCUGGUUUAAAGAGAAUCAAACAUCAUCUGUUGGAUCUGGACAGACGUUCAGCAUCAGUAACUUUAAUUCAAGUCUCAGUGGAUGGUUUUACUGUGUGGCUCAGAAUAAAGUUGGAUCUCAGAGAUCAGAUGAUGUUUCACUCUCUGUUAAAGGUCAAGCUUCAGGAACGCUUUCUGUGGUCCUGUUCGCUGUCAUCAUAUGUGGGUGUCCUGUUUGUGUUUUCAUUGUGUUCAUGAGGAGGAGAAACCGUGAUGAUAGAACUUCAAACAUCGGGCUGAAGAAGGUUCCUCGCCGCUGCUCGUCUGGAGCACAAUAUGAUGAUGUUCAGUACGCCAGUGUUACUACCAAACAUCUGAGAGAAAAUCAAACAUCUCCUGAAUCCAGAGAUCCAGAGGAGGUCCAAUACGCAACUGUCCAACAUCACAGAAACAUAGACAUGAGAAGAUCAGAAGAGACUGAAAACCAAUAUGACAACAAUACAAAUCACCAACAUGAUGCUGCUGGGAGAUCUACUGUGGAAAUGAUGGAAGAUAAGUCUGUGAUUUACAGUUCUCUCAGAUGA